UCCCGGAGCCGGUGGCCUAAGGGAUGGACGAGACUAGCCCACUAGUGUCCCCCGAGCGGGCCCAUCCCCCGGACUACACUUCUCCAUUCGGCGUGGGUGUUCACUUUCCUCAGGUGCCGGGGGGCGCCCUUCGAGUGGCGGCGGCGGCGGCGGCCGGCCCGCCUCCCACCCCACCAGCCUCGCCAGGCCAGGACCGGGAGCGGCAGCCACUGCUGGAUCGGGCCCGGGCGGCCCAGGGUCAAACCCAGACCGUGGCGUCUCAGACCCAAGCCCUGGCCGUGACAUCUUCGCACUUCCCGCAGCGCGAUCAGAACGAGUUCCCGGAGGACCCGGAGUUCGAGGCGGUGGUGAGACGGGCCGAGAAGGCCAUCGAGCUCAACAUCUUCCCGGAGCGCAUCUACCAAGGCUCCAGCGGAAGCUACUUCGUCAAGGACCCUCAAGGGAAGAUCAUUGGUGUUUUCAAACCCAAGAAUGAAGAGCCAUAUGGGCACCUUAAUCCUAAGUGGACCAAGUGGCUGCAGAAGCUGUGCUGUCCCUGCUGCUUUGGCCGUGAUUGCCUUGUCCUCAACCAGGGCUAUCUCUCUGAGGCAGGGGCCAGCCUGGUGGACCAAAAAUUGGAACUCAACAUUGUACCCCGUACAAAGGUAGUAUACUUGGCCAGUGAAACCUUCAACUAUAAUGCCAUUGACCGAGUGAAGUCCAGGGGCAAGCGGCUUGCACUAGAGAAAGUGCCAAAAGUUGGGCAGCGAUUUAACCGCAUUGGGCUACCGCCAAAGAUUGGUUCAUUCCAGAUCUUUGUUGAAGGCUAUAAAGAUGCAGACUACUGGCUCCGGCGUUUUGAAGCAGAACCUCUCCCUGAAAACACUAAUCGGCAAUUACUGCUGCAGUUUGAACGGUUGGUGGUGCUGGAUUACAUCAUCCGCAACACUGAUCGCGGUAAUGACAACUGGCUGAUUAAAUAUGACUAUCCAAUGGAUAGUUCUGGCUCUCGGUGCAUCAAAGUUCUCUAUCCUGCUUAUUUUAUAAAAGGCAUGAAAAGGCAUGAAGAAAGAGAGAAUGAGGACUCAGACUGGGUGGUGGUGAAGGAGCCUGUUAUCAAGGUGGCUGCCAUUGACAAUGGGCUGGCUUUUCCCCUGAAGCAUCCUGACUCCUGGAGGGCAUAUCCAUUUUACUGGGCUUGGUUGCCCCAGGCAAAAGUCCCAUUCUCUCAGGAGAUCAAAGAUCUGAUUCUUCCAAAGAUAUCGGACCCUAACUUCGUCAAGGACUUGGAGGAGGACCUAUAUGAACUCUUCAAGAAAGAUCCUGGUUUCGACAGGGGCCAGUUCCAUAAGCAGAUUGCUGUCAUGCGGGGACAGAUCCUAAAUCUGACUCAGGCCUUGAAAGACAGCAAGAGUCCCCUGCACCUGGUCCAGAUGCCACCUGUGAUUGUUGAGACAGCCCGUUCCCACCAGCGGUCUGCUAACGAGUCCUACACACAGAGCUUUCAGAGUCGGAAGCCCUUCUUUUCGUGGUGGUAGCCUGAGAGGCAGACAAAGGCAAAUUGUCUGAGACUUGGGCAGGGAGGACGCCUGGGGAGUGGGUUGCAGAAAAAGCCAGAGAAGCUGCUAGAGAGCAGUGCCCUUGAGAGCCCUCCCUCUCUGCUCACUAGCCCCUCAGGGCUUUUCCACACACAGGGAAAAGCACAAACUGAGUGGCAGUGAGUGCUGAGGAAGGCUGGAGCUCCAUGCAAGGAGUCCAGAUGUCCAGGAAGGAGCAUCUGCCUUCCAGCAUCUCCUGAGGACACGCUGGGAAAUUCCCUUUCCUUGCUGACACCUUGCUCUGUUGCAAUUCCUCAUUAUAUUCUGCAUCAGAAACUAACAAAUAACAAAAAUUAUUAGCAAAACCCAGGCAGAAUCCCAGAUUCUUUCAUAUCAGAAACCUCAAAUCCAGAUCUAGACUUGCAUGGACCCAGAUAUUCAGGUGCCUCGCAGUUCCUCACUCCCAUGGACCAAGGCAGCUGGGUGACUCGAAGUGCUGGGGCAGACAGAAGCCACAACUUUGCUCUGAGAUUUUGCCAAGUCAUCUCCUCCCACCAAUGCAGUAAGCUGACUAAAUGCCUCCAAAUACAAUUUGCAUGGCAGGGAUACUUUUGCUCUAGACCUCCUAGCAGUUCUGUAUAUGAUCCUAUAGAUCAGCUCUGCUCUCUGCCCUGCCAGGGACCCAGCCUCUCUAGCACAGGCCUGCAGCUUGGCUGUCACUCGGGCAAAGGCAGAAGGGAGGACGUGGACUCCUAGCCUCUACAAGUGAUCCAUGUAGCCUGAGUAUAUGCUGGGAGCUGUAAUUGGUCUAUGGGCAAACUUACCCCAGCCUUGCUUGCUUCUUGAGGUCCUUGGCCCUAGCCACAGGUGAUAAACUGUUCCAGUCCUCUAAUUUGUUCUUGUUUAUUUUAGAUGUUUCUUUUCUCAACUCUUUGGCUUAGGGGUUCAGUUUGGGUUCUGGAGUGGGUCUCAGUUCAUAAGAGGACAGUAUAUUAGGUCCUUGGACUUCUUUUUAUGCUACUACUGCUACUUGGUGGAGGUAACAGGACUUGUAUUCUGCCUCCUAAAAUUGGUAGCUGCCCUUUGCUCCCUGAUUUCUUGUUCCAGGCCAUUUUUUCCAUGGUUUCUUGAGAAAGGCGGGGCCCAAAGGAGAGGAGCCUUCAAACUGUUCCCCAGUGCCUGUCCAGCUCAGUAUGCUUCCUGCUUCCAUGUCUUUUCCCUCAGCUAUCCCCUUGCCAGGUGUCUGAGCCCCUUCUACACCAAAACAAAGAGUGGCCUCACAAGGGAGUAAAGAGGGUGCCAUCUGUGGCUCAGGAGCAGCCCUAUGCUACUGGACACCAAGCUUCUGGAACCUGCGAUUGGUCAAUCAGCUUUGGAAAGAAACUAUCUUGAAGGUUUGAAAAACAACCAAAGAAAGGGAGUGAGGACUGGCUUGUGCCCUCUGCUUGCCCAGCUCCCACCAUCAGGAGGCAGCGUAGAAAUGUGCAGCCCUCUCGUCAGCUGGGCCAGGCUGCGCCUUCCAUUCUAGCUGCCAGGAGCCAGCUUGACUUGGGCUUCCAUCCAGCUGACAGGAAGAGUGUCGGAACUGGAUGUGCAUGCCCUGUGGACGAAGGCACAUCUCCCCUGCUGGCCCCAGCCGACAAUCCCAGUCAGCCGACCUGGACACUGGCCUUGAGGACCAUGUUUGCAAGAAUGCCUGCCCUCAGACCACAGGAGCAGCAUGGCUCCCAGAGGCCGGAAGGGGGACCCAGGUGUGUUUGUUCUCCAUAGACAUCUUUAUACAAAUGUGGUAAAGCUCCCCACCUGGGCGUCAAGAGAGCCUGAGGAGUCUAAAGAGGAGCCUGGUUGCUCCCCCCAACCAAGCAGAUCUGCACAUUGCCCUCAUCCAGACCAGCUGUAUGAGAAGGAAAUGGUCCAGUGUAAGAGGGGGCUGGUCCCAGUCCUGGCAGGUGAAAGAGUAGGAGGGGCGUCCUUUCCUGGCCUGUCUGUUCUCUUUGAAGCCUGUACUCAGGUUGCCUUGAAUGUGGACUUUGGGAGAGCCAGGGGCCCAGAGUGCCAGGGCAGGCACUCAUGGAAUGGCCCAGCCCUCUGCAGCCAUAGGCCCUGUCCCCUAAUGUCAGGGAGUAGAGGCUGGGCUGUGAGAGUCCUGCUGCCUCUUAUUGUUCUUCUAAUGCACUGUAGAAAUUGUAUGUAAUGUAUUUAAAUCAAUGCAAAUGUAUGAAUAACAAGCCC